UUUCGUCCUGUCAAGCGUUCAAACUUCUUUGGCUCUUUGGUAACUAACAGUAAGAAGUUCCAACUGCCUCUCCCACGUGAACCACGUGAAAGAUUUUAACCCGGGAGAUGGCAAAUGUAUCGUCUGUCGAUUCGUUGUGAAACUUAAAAUAAUCGAAGCUAUUUCCGAAGGCCGUUAGGCUGGGAGCUGUUAAGGAAGCGAAGCAGUUGUCAGUAUGUUGGAUUUAUUUACCAUAUUUAGUAAAGGUGGCAUCGUUCUAUGGUGCUUCCAGAGCACUAGCCAGAUAUUUACUCCAUCAGUUAAUGCGUUAAUACGAAGUGUUAUACUGCAAGAAAGAACUGGAAAUAACAGUUUUGAGCACAAUGCAUUGACAUUAAAAUACAAGCUUGAUAAUGAAUUCGAGCUUGUAUUUGUUGUUGCCUAUCAAAAAAUUCUACAGUUGUCGUACGUUGACAAAUUCCUGAAUGAUAUCCAUCUGGAAUUCAGAGACAAGUACAAAACAGAUUUGCAUGAAGGACUCUAUUUUCAGGUAAGUGGUGUUACAAUUUAUAGUGCAGUAAUCUGGAAUAAUAANCAGGCAAGGAUUCCCAAACAGAUGAGAACCUUUGAGGAAUCAUCAAAAUCAAAGAAAACUGUGGCAUCUAUGAUUGAGAGAAAGAAUGAUGAGAAAGAAAAUAAGAAAACAGGGAAAAAUAAGAAGAAGGGUGUUGGUUUUGUUAACGGUGAUGGCAUCACUACCAUGAAGAAUGCAGAACCUCCAAAGAUUGAGACGCAACCAUCCUCUAAUGGAGAACUGGAUGAGGAGACUUUACAACAGAAUCGUCUCCGCCUUGCUCAGAGGAUGGCAGCUGGUGGGAAAAGUCCCAAGUCCAGAGCAGAGAAAAAGAGCCCAAAGCCCUUGAAGGAAGGAAAGAAACCACGUGUAUGGGAUCUGGGUGGCAACACAAAGGAUCUUGCCAAUCUGGAGUACACCAAGGACAAGCCCACAGAUGGAAUUCCUGGGCGAGAUGAGGUACAACCUGACACCAAGAUUAUUGGCACAAUGGCAGGUGGAAUUCGCGACCUGGAGGUGGAGAGUGACACUGAAGAUGAAAUGGAAUAUGAGGAAGAAGUACUUGCAGAACCACGCAAGCAGGGCACAGUGACUGCUGGAAAGUCAAAGGGUGUAUUCUCCUUGUUGAGGGGUCUGGUUGGCAGCAAGAAUCUGACACAUGAGGACAUGCAACCUGUGCUUGAGAAGCUGAAAGACCAUCUGAUUGCCAAGAAUGUGGCAGCAGACAUUGCUCAUAAGCUCUGUGACUCUGUGGCAACCAAAUUGGAGGGAAAAGUGCUGGGAACAUUCGACACUGUGGCAAAAACGGUCAAAACCACUUUGACAGAGGCUCUAGUGCAGAUUCUUUCACCAAAGAGACGUGUAGAUAUCUUGCGAGAUGCCAUGGAAGCCAAGAAACAGGGCCGACCUUAUGUCAUGACUUUCUGUGGGGUAAAUGGUGUGGGAAAAUCUACCAAUCUUGCAAAGAUCUGUUUCUGGCUCAUCGAAAACAACUUGCGUGUGCUCAUCGCAGCGUGUGACACAUUUCGAGCUGGGGCUGUGGAACAGCUGCGUACACACACACGUCAUCUAAACGCCCUUCACCCUUCAGACAAACAUGGUGGUCAGCAGAUGGUACAGCUGUAUGAGAAGGGAUAUGGUAAGGAUGCAGCUGGGAUUGCUAUGGAAGCCAUCAACUUUGCACGUGACCUCAAGAUUAAUGUGGUGCUGGUCGACACAGCUGGGCGCAUGCAGGACAAUGAGCCCCUCAUGAGGGCCCUUGCAAAGUUGAUCAUAGUGAAUGAGCCUGAUUUGGUGCUGUUUGUUGGGGAAGCACUUGUAGGCAAUGAGGCUGUGGAUCAGCUUGUUAAAUUCAACCAGGCCAUGGCUGAUUAUUCCUUGUCUGCCAACCCUCAUCUCAUUGAUGGCAUAGUUCUUACCAAGUUUGACACCAUUGAUGAUAAGGUUGGAGCUGCCAUCUCUAUGACAUACAUCACAGGCCAGCCUAUUGUGUUCGUGGGUACAGGGCAGACCUACACAGAUCUCAAGUCUCUAAAUGCCAAGGCUGUGGUUCAUGCACUGAUGAAGUGAAGAGGCAGUUCAGUCAUUCAAGCAGGAUGAUGGUACAAAAUUCUAAAUUUAUUAGCUGGUCAUUUUAUUAGUAUGGCAUAAAAUCACAAUAUUUUAAUUCUUUCUUUGUGAAUGUAUUUUAACUGUGUAUACAGAGUAUUCCAGCAUGUUACUGAUUGUGACAGUACAAAUUUAUUCCUAUCCAACUAAUCUGAAGCAGUGUAUUUUUUUAGCAGAAAUGUUUCUUCUGUUCAUAAUCUCUUUGAUUUAAAAAUAUCAUACUCGUCAAACUUUCUAAGAUCUGAUUACUUUUUACCUAAAUUGAAAUAUAUCACAUAUCAUGUAAAUUACUGUAUCUUCUAGAGUCCAAGAUGCAGUUUCUCUCAUGGAAAAUGCUACCAAAAGUCUGAGUGCAUGUUAUAGUCCACAAAUGUAGAAGGCAGUGGAAAUGACAAAAUAUAUUCUGAAAGGAGAUACUCGUAGGAAUGUUACUCCACUCCACCAUGGCAGCAUGUUUUCAUUGAAUUAUAAUUUGCAAGAACUGAAAUGUUGCAGACCAUGUCAUUGCUAUGGGUGGGUUUGGAUUUCAUUAGUGCUGUACUGUAACCAUUAUUGGUAACAUUAUUUCAUGUUUUUAAUGCAAUGGGCUCAAGGCACGAAUGGAUUUCAUGUGUUAUAGGGUUUAAAUUGUGGCAAACAACAUGGAAAGAAUGCAAAAGGAAGAUAUUUUAGUAACAUUAUACAGAUGCAUCUUAGAGUCCAAAAAUAAGGCAAUUUAAUACGAACAUCUAAACAGUAGAAAUGCUUUCUUUCUCAAUAUCAUUCAGAAUGUGAGAUCUGCUUUUUACAUUUGCUGCUAAUGAUACUAGGAAGGCAUAUUCACUCUAGUCUGUCCCUGAAAGACAGUUUCUAAUACAGUUUUAAUAUCUUGAAUUAUUGAUAUGUGAGAUGAUAAUCUUAAUUAUUUCCAUGUGAGUCAUAUGUGACUAAUAGCCCAACUCUCUUGAUUGCCACGCUUCUUGCUUGAUCACUUCAUUUGGAUGUUGUUGACCCUGUCCAUGGAUAGCCAACCAUCCAUCAUUAUAAUCAUCAUUAUGGUGGAGGUAUUUGAGAUUUCAGGUUCCUACAGCAGUUACUGUGAAGAUUACUGUCUUCUGAGAUGUAGUGUCAUAGAUGUUUACAGUUAUUUCAGAGGAAUAUGCUGCCCCAUCUGCAGAUAUGGGACUGGAUGCUGAUUGAUCAUGAAGAUGGAGGUAGCAUAAUCCUCUGAAAUGUUAGUACACACUGAACAGUUUUCCAGAAGACAACAGUCUUCAUGGUGGAAGUUUUUUGUGGGUUAGUGAAGUAUCUACUACUUUAACAGCAUUGAUCAUUGUUUAUAUUACUUCAUAUGGUGUACAUAUUGUAUCCCUGAAUUGAAUAAAAAAUCUCCCAGUUUAUUCAUUUCCUUGUUACUGUAUGGCAGUUUUAUUAAACAUGGAGAA